UAGUGUUAAGCAAUAGUGGGCAGUGCGAGAAAAUAGCGAAAACGCUUUUUUAAUAGAAAUUCUUCUAUCAUUUUUAGACUACUUAGGCAAUGUUCAGAUUCGAUGCGGUAUUACGCAAGAAUCCUGUUAUAUUUAAACAGGGCCAAGGUAUGUUCACGCACCAACUCAAGCGUAUUCUUAAUAAGAAAUCGCUUCAUAAGUACACCUGGGAUCCACUUCCAAUGUACGACCCCCGCAAGCUUGUGCAUGCUAAUCGUUACAUUGAUCACGAUACUUACGAAGAGAAAUACUCACCACACUGGAUGAAUAAUGCGCAUCUGGUCCCUGAUCAGCAGUUUUACCACAUCCCAGUACCUGCCGAGUACAAGGACGCAUACUGGUGGCGUGAUCUGCAGGCUCGGCGUGUCCAGUGUCCAGUUGAGUGGGUAAGUCACCGAAUGUACAGUAAAGCAGAUCGUCGGAAGUACGAUUUUCAAGAUCUAGCUUUUCGGAAGAAGUUUGAAUACUCCUUUGAUGAGGUAGUAAACAACGCGAAGGAGAUGAGGAGCUGAAAGGUAGGAAUAUGGAAUACAUAUUUCCGGAGAAUGUAUCCUAUUUUCCACUUUUUAUCUGCUGUAACAAGAAUGAAAAUUGAUCGUGUAUAAAAAAAUAUAUCCAUUAAA